AAUAUCGCAACAAAUUAAAUGAUAAAAUUUUAAAAAUCGGAUCUAAAAAGUUCCUAUUCUAAAUCUGCGAUAGACCCGCCCCUCCAAUUGGUUCCUUCUCACUCCUAUAAAUUCCUCUGUUUUUCCCCUGUUUUUGCUCUGUUUUUUUUUUACUACAACAACAAUAAAACUUGCACUAUGUCUCAAAAUCUUGAAGAUGUGAAUAGUUGGAGCUUUAUACAAAUCCUCAACAAUCCUUCUACUUAUCAUCAUCAAAUCGAUUAUAAAAAAGAUGAUAACGACGUCUACAUUCAUCCCUCUACGAAGCUAUCUUCUCUCGUCAUGAGCACGAAAAGCUUGGAGAUGUGUACGGAGAGCUUAGGAAACGAGACGGGUUGUUAUUUCAACGAAAGCAUGGAGGAAAGGGAUAUUGCUCGUAGCGUUCAACGAUCAAAAUGUAGAGAAUUCAAGAAAAGAAUUAAAAGAACGAUGAAUUUCCCACCUCCGCUGACUUCAAUCAGCGGAAGUGAGAGGGUUAGAAUAAGAUCUCACCGUGAAGGUGGUCGUUUAGUGUUAAGAGUCGUAAGCAUAAAUGCUUGCAACUCUUAUUUCAAAGCUGAGCGUGCUAAUGGCACGCUCACGCUUUCGUGGCGAAAUAAUAAAGUUGCACAAAUGGAUGAAGAGGCAAAUAGUUGUAGAAAAUUAGCAAGUGAAAUUGGGAUACCAAGAAGGUGUAAAGAAAAAAGUGGAAGUAGAAUUAAAGGGAUUUCAAGUUGGGGCCAAUUUUGGGUGGCCAUUUUCUAAAAUAAUACUUGCAUUACAAUGGUGAUGUUCCAUUUAUUUUACGUGUAAUUAUUUCUUGUUUAUUAUAUUAUGAUAAUGAUAUUCGAUUCAUCUUGCGUGUAAUUAUUCUUUUUUUUCAUAUAAAAGAAUGUAUCUCAACUUUCUAUUGGUGAUGAAA